AUGGCUGCCGAAGGCGCCGAAGCAGGGGAACAGGAUGGGCAGCCAGGGGCAAUGCAGCUGCUGCAGCCAGGGAUGGCGCUGGCGUCAGGCAGCGGGCUGCAGCAGCCCAACACGGAGAUGGGUGCCACCACCGCUGAGGUGGACACUGCCAUGGCUGCCGAAGGCGCCGAAGCAGGGGAACAGGAUGGGCGGCUGGGGGCAAUGCAGCUGCUGCAGCCAGGGAUGGCGCUGGCGUCAGGCAGCGGGCUGCAGCAGCCCAACACGGAGAUGGGUGCCGCCACAGCUGAGGUGGAAACCGCCAUGGCUGCCGAAGGCGCCGAAGCAGGGGAACAGGAUGGGCAGCCAGGGGCAAUGCAGCUGCUGCAGCCAGGGAUGGCGCUGGCGUCAGGCAGCGGGCUGCAGCAGCCCAACACGGAGAUGGGUGCCACCACCGCUGAGGUGGACACUGCCAUGGCUGCCGAAGGCGCCGAAGCAGGGGAACAGGAUGGGCGGCUGGGGGCAAUGCAGCUGCUGCAGCCAGGGAUGGCGCUGGCGUCAGGCAGCGGGCUGCAGCAGAUGCCGACCCAUGCUGCAGAAGCGGCUGUCGUCGAGGACACUGCUGCAGUGGUGGUGAAUCACGAUCCUGAGAUGCAUCUUAAAAUUUUCUCAGACCAACACAAAACUUGGGCGGAGAUGCACAACCUGGACUUGAAGGCCGACGAGGGCCAGCUCCUUGCGGCCAUCCUCCAGUGGCCUGAGCAGUAUAAACUCUACUGUGGGAAUAACCUGGCCUGUUCUGGGCAUCCUGGCUAUCGACAAGCUUGCAGACAUGCUGUGCCCUGGGCGUGUGAUACCCUGGGCGUCAGUGCAAAGCAGAUAUCAUCAGCCUUGAAGGGGAACAACAUUAAGGGUUAG